GGCUUGCUUCCCACCACCACUGAAGUCCACCGGUUCACUUCCGUCUCAUCUCCUUCCCCUUGCACGCACGCAGAGGAGCAACCGGUUGCGUUCCACCCCAGGUCAUCAUGUAUCUCAACCAGAGGGAGGAGGCGAAGCUCCUACUCCAUCAGGCGGGCUCCCUCGCGCAAAAGCGCCUGGCGCGCGGCCUGAAGCUCAACCAAACGGAAGCAGUGGCACUCAUCGCGUCGCAACUUCAGGAGCGCAUCCGCGAUGGCAAGAACUCGGUGGCGGAGCUAAUGCAGUACGGGAAGACCUUGCUGGGGAAGAGGCAUGUCCUGCCUAGCGUACCGGCGCUACUGCAUGAGAUCCAAGUGGAGGGGACGUUCAACGAUGGUGUCUUCCUGGUCACCGUGCACGAUCCUGUUUGUACGGAGUCAGGGGACCUAUCUGCGGCGCUGUACGGCUCCUUCCUUCCCGUUCCCUUCAACGACCUGUUCCCUCUCACUCCAUCCGAGGAGUACGCGCUCGAGAAGCGACCCGGGGCUGUUAUCGCGAAGAAAGAGGCCAUCACCAUCAACCAAGGACGCGAGCGUGUCAAGCUUCGCGUCACGAACAACGGUGAUAGACCCAUCCAGAUUGGCUCGCACUAUCACUUCAUCGAGACCAACGCAGCACUCUCCUUUGACCGCGCCAAGGCUUAUGGCAAGCGCCUCGACAUUGCCGCCGGUACCGCUGUCCGCUUCGAGCCCGGCGAUGUGAAGACCGUCACGCUAUGCUCUAUCGCUGGCGCACGCAUAAUCUCUGGCGGUAACAACCUUGCCACGGGCGUCGUGGACUGGAACCGCACGGAGCAGAUCGUGGCGAACCUUCUGCAGCGCGGGUUUGGGCAUGUGCCGGAGCCUGGGGCGCUGGAGGUGACUGUGGACACGCAAAUGCUGCGGGAGACGUAUAUCUCAAUGUUUGGGCCGACGACGGGAGACCGCAUCAGACUGGGGGACACGUCGUUGUGGAUCGAGGUUGAGCAUGAUGAGACCGUCUACGGCGACGAAGUCAAGUUCGGCGGUGGAAAGUCAAUUCGUGAGGGUAUGGGGCAGGCUACCAACCGGUCGUCUGAGGAGACCUUGGACCUUGUUAUCACCAACGCCCUCAUCGUCGACUGGUCCGGAAUCUAUAAGGCAGACAUCGGCGUCAAGAACGGCAUCAUCGUGGGCAUCGGCAAAGCAGGCAACCCGGACGUCAUGGCCAACGUUCACCCCUCCCUCAUCAUCGGCUCCUCUACCGAAGUCAUCGCCGGCGAGAAGCUUAUCGUCACCGCGGGCGCCCUCGACGCGCACGUGCACUACAUCUGCCCCCAGCAGGUCGAUGAGGCCCUCGCUGCGGGAACGACGACCAUGAUCGGCGGUGGCACUGGCCCCAGCGCGGGUACGAACGCCACGACGUGCACGUCGAGUCCCUUCUACAUGCGCCACAUGCUUAGCGCAACGGAUGGUUUGCCAAUGAACUUCGCAUUCACGGGCAAGGGCAACGAUGCGGGGCCCAAAGCACUCGAGGAGAUCGUGCGCGCGGGUGCGGCGGGGCUGAAGCUGCAUGAGGACUGGGGGUCGACACCCGCUGUCAUCUCGAACGCGCUGGACGUGGGGGACAAGUACGACGUGCAGGUAAACAUCCACACGGACACGCUGAACGAGAGUGGCUUUGUGGAGAGCACGAUUGAGGCGUUUGGCGGGCGAACGAUACACACGUACCACAGCGAGGGCGCGGGCGGGGGGCAUGCGCCGGAUAUCAUUGUAGUGUGCGGGCUGCCAAAUGUGCUGCCGUCGUCGACGAAUCCGACGAGGCCGUAUACGAAUAAUACGCUGGAUGAGCACUUGGAUAUGCUCAUGGUCUGUCACCAUCUUGACAAGUCUAUUCCGGAGGACUUGGCCUUCGCAGAGUCACGAAUUCGUGCUGAGACAGUGGCCGCGGAGGAUGUCCUACAUGAUACAGGCGCCAUCUCUAUCAUCAGCUCUGAUUCCCAGGCAAUGGGCCGCGUUGGCGAGGUUGUCAGCCGAACGUGGAGAACGGCGAGCAAGAUGAAGGACUUCCGAGGACCUUUACAGUCAUUAGGGGAUGAUGAGUUCAAGGACAAUGGGCGCGUGAAGCGCUACGUGAGCAAGUACACGAUUAACCCCGCAAUCACGCACGGCGUAAGUCACCUCGUUGGGCACGUCGCAGUCGGCACGCUCGCAGACCUGGUCCUCUGGUCUCCUCAGCGCUUCGGCUCCAAACCCGAGAUGAUCCUCAAAUCCGGCGUCAUUGCCUACGCUCAGAUGGGCGACGCCAACGCGUCCAUCCCGACCGUGCAGCCAUACUACUCCAAGCCGAUGUGGGGUUCGAAGGCCGGGUCGGCCGCGCUCAAUUCCGUUUCCUUCGUCUCCAGUCUUUCGAUCACCUCCGGCACGAUCGCAUCGUAUGGGUUGAACAAGAAAUACGAGGCGGUGAAGAACUGCAGGAAUAUUGGGAAGAAGGACAUGAAGUGGAAUGACGCGACGCCGAAGAUGCAGGUCGAUCCAGAGAGCUAUGAGGUGCUGGCGGAUGGGGAGCUGAUGGAUGUUGAGCCUGCCACGACGUUGCCUUUGUCGAGGGUGUACAACUUGUUCUGAGGAAGAAAAUCAUCGUGCGUAUACUGUAUUUGUACCUAGUUUGCCGUUGACUGCACAAUGUAUGCAUAUGGAAGUUUCAGGGCUACUCUGUUUUCUUUUUGGCUCGAAGUUCAACAUGGA